AACCUGAAGGAUGUCCUGGCCAGCAUGAUCCCCAAGGAGCAGGCGAAGAUCAAGAGCUUCAGGCAGCAGCACGGCAGCACAGCCAUCGGGCAGAUCACGGUGGACAUGGUGAGUGGGGGGAGGCGGCUGCACCGGGGCCGCCAGGCCGGGCCACAGCCGUGGCGGGUGACAGGAGAGGUGCCCACCCAGGAGCAGGUGACCUGGCUGUCCCCGGAGUGGGCCCGUCGCGCUGCGCUGCCAUCCCAUGUGGUGACCAUGCUGGACAACUUCCCCACCAACCUGCACCCCAUGUCCCAGCUCAGCGCCGCCAUCACCGCCCUCAAUAGCGAGAGCAAGUUUGCCCGCGCCUACGCCGAGGGCAUCCACCGCGCCAAGUACUGGGAGUUUGUCUAUGAGGACGCCAUGGACCUGAUCGCCAAGCUGCCUUGCGUCGCCGCGAAGAUCUAUCGCAACCUGUACCGCGAGGGCAGCAGCAUCGGGGCCAUCGACCCCAACCUUGACUGGUCCCACAACUUCACCAACAUGCUGGGCUACACCGACCCCCAGUUCAUCGAGCUGAUGCGGCUCUACCUCACCAUCCACAGUGACCAUGAGGGAGGAAAUGUGAGUGCCCACACCAGCCACCUGGUGGGCAGUGCCCUCUCUGACCCCUACCUCUCCUUCGCCGCUGCCAUGAACGGGCUGGCUGGGCCCCUGCAUGGCCUUGCCAACCAGGAAGUGCUGCUUUGGCUGACCGACCUUCAGAAGGAGCUGGGCCAGGAUGUGUCAGAUGAGAAGCUGCGGGAUUUCAUCUGGAACACACUCAACUCAGGCAGGGUGGUCCCGGGAUAUGGGCACGCGGUGCUGCGCAAGACAGACCCUCGCUACACCUGCCAGCGGGAAUUCGCCCUCAAGCACCUGCCCAAGGACCCCCUGUUCAAGCUGGUGGCCCAGCUCUACAAGAUUGUCCCCAAUGUGCUGCUGGAGCAGGGUAAGGCCAAGAACCCCUGGCCCAACGUGGAUGCCCACAGUGGGGUGCUGCUGCAGUAUUACGGGAUGAAGGAGAUGAACUACUACACGGUGCUCUUUGGGGUCUCCCGGGCCCUGGGCGUCCUCUCGCAGCUCAUCUGGAGCCGGGCUCUGGGCUUCCCCCUGGAGAGGCCCAAGUCCAUGAGCACGAAGGGGCUGAUGCAGCUGGUGGGAUACAAAUCUGGGUGA